ACCAUAGACAAGCUUUGUUAUUGCGCUCACAAAAUCUCCGAGUUCUCUUUCAUUUGUAAAUUACAUAGGGUGACAUUAAACCUUCCUGCCAAUCAGAUUUCUCUAUGGAGAGUAGGAAGCUUGACAUGCGAUCUGGAGGAGGAAGUGAUCAGCCGUCUGAUCAGGCCAAGCAGUCCGGCGGUGGACAUGGCCGUAUCCCGGCAACGACGGUAGCUUCUUCCCAGCCUUCGACGUCUCUGUUGAAUCAAUUCCAAAAUCAACGGCUACAGAAAUUAUUGGACUUUCAUCAACAGUCAAUUCAACAGGCGAUGGCCGCCAUGGAUAAACAUGCCAAUGCCAUGACAAAUAUUCAGCAGCAGCAGCUAGCUCUUGCGCAGCAGAAGAUUGCAGAAUCGCAUUUUAAUUUAGUAUCCGAAGAUAUGAAACGUGCGCAUCAGUUGUCCAUGUUAGUGGCAGCACAAAAUGCCAAUAAACAGCAGGUAAGUUCUUCCCCAGUGGUGGGAAAUAAUAGUUCCCCUGUUGGUAAAUCGGGUAGUCCUAUUCAAUAUGGUUCCGGCCAGCAGUCUACCUCAGCAGUUAAUGUAACUGCUCCGGUCAGUGCACAUCAGAGAAUGAAUUCUAUGUUUAAUCAGGCAGUAAAAUCCAUUCCACCAAAUUCUCUGUUACCUCUGACAACACAGACCAAUUCACCAAGUUCUCUGUUUCCUCAGACUGUACAAACCAAUCCACCGAAUUCUAUGUUUCCUCAGACAACACAAACCAUUUCACCAUUGAAUCCUCCAACAACACAAAGCAUUUCUCCGAAUUCUCUGUCUCAGUCUGAGGUGGAAAUCCUACAAAUUGCUCUGGAAAAGAUUAAGAAUAAUGAAUUCCCCCCAGCCGUAUCAUCUUUACCCAAUGGUGCUCGAAUUGGUUCGGAUCAGACUCAGCAGAUACAACAUGUUACAAAGCCCGGCUGUUCCUCUCAGCAAUCAAUGGUUAAAACUUCUGAUGGGGCGUCUGGAAAUCCUUCUACAUCUGGCACUAAAAAGGUGAAGCAGUCCCCGGAGGUGACGGAUGUGGUAAAAGCUUUUGAGCUCCUCAAGAAAUGGAUUGCGACUCUGCCACAAAAUUUAGCGGAAGAAGCAAGACGGCCAAUUUCUGUGCUGGAAACUCAGUUGUCGCCGCUUUAUAGUCGCAAUGCUUAUCUGGAGAAAAAAGUGGUCAAGAAGGUGAAGAGCUUUGACUUGGGCCAGAAGUUGGAUACAACUGCUGAAACUAAUUCUGAGUCGCCCCCAGUAUCCAAGCUACAAAGUGAAGCAGAGGUGAACAAGGAGGAAGUUGACAAGAACGUGAAAGAGGCCGAUCCCGGCCGCAUGGUUUUGGGCAACAAGACGGAUACUACUCAGUUAAACAAACAACAGAGGAGUGGUAAUGAUGAAAUUGCUGAUAUCACUCCAGCCAGAAAUUUGCAAAGUGAUGCAGAAGGAAAAAAGGAGAAGAAGGUUGACAAGAGGAGUGCGAAAGAGACAGAUCCCGGCAUGGAUUUGGGAAAUAAGCUGGAUAUCACACCAUCAAUGAAACUGCAUAGUGGUAAUUUAAAGCAGGGUGUUGCAAGUAAUGAUGAGAUUGAUGUUGCUCCGGCAAGCAAUCUGCACAGUGAAGCAGAGGCAAAUAAGGAAGACGAUGAAAAGGAAGAGUCUUUGCGGAAAUCACUUGACCUUAUUAGAGCUGCUCAAGAAGAAUCUAGCUCAGAGACUGACGGAAAUUCCUUAGAUGAUGAAGAAGAUGACAAAUUGGCUGAGUGGGUUAUGUUGAUGGAUUCAUAAUUUAGCACUUCUUUUAUUCUUCCUUCCCACACAAUAAAAAUUUUCUUAGUUGAACUUGAACCUCUUUUUGUUAUAUUUUGGGACGGGAGAAAGUGUAGAGUUUUUUUGUUUUGAUAAAUUGAAGUGUAGAGUUAGUAAAUACUCACUGCGUCCUAAAAUUAUUAUCCAGUUUGGAUUUUUAUUUUUAAUUCAAAUUGUACUAAAAAUGAAAUCUCAAUCUGGACAAUAAUUUUGGGAUAG